ACCGGGUGGCAACGCCAGGACAAUAUCAAUCAGCUGUUUGAAGGUUGUUUAUUUUCAAUUUGCACGUAACUUUCAAAACAAUCAAAUUCCUUUGGAAAUGAUUAUACAGAAUAGAAGUCGGCUUAUAGGGCAGAUUUUGAGACGGUGCCAUCAACAAGCGGUUGAAAAGAACGCUAGGAAAGACAAUUUAACAGCAUACUUUGGAAAAUGGCCCGAAACGGAGCAAAAGGAAUUUCGCCAGCAUAUGCGCAUUAUCGCGGAUUUCAUUAGUGAGCCAGAGGAACAGCAGCUUCACGAGGAAAUCGAACCCUAUAUGAGCCGCCUGCGCUACGAGUUCGAUCACUGGGACGAUGCCAUUCACGGUUUUCGGGAGACGGAGCGCAAGAAGUGGUUCCCCAAAAACAGAGAGGUCCUGGAGCGUGUGCGCCAAGUCGCCUUCGAUGGAGCAAUUAUGCCCUAUGUCCACAUCCUGGAUCUUGCGCCCGAUGGCGUUAUCAAGCCGCAUGUGGAUAGCACGCGAUACUGCGGCAACACAAUCUCUGGGAUCAGCUUACUUAGCGACAGUGUGAUGCGACUUGUGCGCACGGAUGAGCAGCGGUACCAACAGCAAUCAUCGGGAACUGCAACGCAACCGACAUCCCAGGGGUCAGAGCCCGAUGCAGCUUAUCGCCAUCAGCCGGAGGCGCCUCUGAAGAACAACUUCUACGCUGACAUCCUGCUGCCCCGCCGCUCCUUGUACAUAAUGAGCCACACGGCUCGCUACAACUUCACGCACGAGAUACUAUCCAAGGAGCACUCCCAGUUUCGGGGUACGCUGGUGCCAAAGACGCGUCGCAUUUCCAUCAUUUGCCGCAACGAACCCUAAGCGGGGUAUAUACAUAUGUACAUAUAUUUCGCUGCGAAUGAAUUUUGGUGCUGUUGAAAUCUUGUAAAUGAAGAAUCAAUUAUUAUUUACUGCAGUUACAAACGAUAAUUCUUGUUAAAUAAAGUUGGUUAGAGUUG